UCUGAGGACCUUUUUUCAACUCCACCUACUACAAAUCCUUGUGCUAUGAGUCCAUUGGAUGACCACGAAAUGUCUACACAAUCAAGUUGUCAACAAACUCCACAACGCCUCUCUCCAAUUAUUGAACUAAGCACUCCACACUCCAUGGACUCAACUAGAAUUGAUACGCCAAAAAGGACUAAGCAGGCAUUCAGGGGUCGUUUUUUGGAUUUAACAAUAUGCACCUCAACCCCAGCUUUCAGGACAGAGCGCCAAUCCAGGACUCCUCAAAGCAGAAUUUCCCAAGCUUCCAGGACUGAGCGCCAAUCCAGAAGUCCUCAAGUCAGAAACCCACAAGCUUCCAGGACUGAGCGCCAAUCCAGGACUCCUCAAAGCAGAAUUUCCCAAGCUUCCAGGACUGAGCGCCAAUCCAGGACUCCUCAAAGCAGAAUUUCCCAAGCUUCCAGGACUGAGCGCCAAUCCAGAAGUCCUCAAGUCAUAAACCCACAAGCUUCCAGGACUGAGCGCCAAUCCAGGACUCCUCAAAGCAGAAUUUCCCAAGCUUCCAGGACUGAGCGCCAAUCCAGGACUCCUCAAAGCAGAAUUUCCCAAGCUUCCAGGACUGAGCGCCAAUCCAGGACUCCUCAAAGCAGAAUUUCCCAAGCUUCCAGGACUGAGCGCCAGUCCAGAAGUCCUCAAGUCAGAAACCCACAAGCUUCCAGGACUGAGCGCCAAUCCAGGACUCCUCAAAGCAGAAUUUCCCAAGCUUCCAGGACUGAGCGCCAAUCCAGGACUCCUCAAAGCAGAAUUUCCCAAGCUUCCAGGACUGAGCGCCAAUCCAGGACUCCUCAAAGCAGAAUUUCCCAAGCUUCCAGGACUGAGCGCCAAUCCGGAAGUCCUCAAGUCAGAAACCCACAAGAAAAGAAAGACAGGUUUCCAAUGACAGACAAAAGAUUUCAAAAAAAGGUUUUGACACAACUUUUAGAAAUAAAAGAUGAACUGCGAAGAAUAGGGAAAAUUGUGGAACCAGAAACUGGGUUCCACAUGUCAACCUUGGGCACUGAAGAUGAGUUCGAGUACUUAGAGAGGCAGCUUGAAAGUGGGAAUACACGGGCAGCAAUGGUGACACAGUUGUGUAAAAUUGGAGGAAAAAACUUCAAAGACAGUACAAGAAGAAUGCUGGACAGUGUUUUCAAAAAUUCCCUGAUGUCUACAUUCAACAUGAAAGGAGGAGGUCCACUACAGAAGAAGUCCUUUCAAUCAACUGCCUUAUUCUCAGUCAUCAGAGACGCAGUGAUGACUAGCUUUCCAUCAGCUACGGAAUUGGAAAUAAAAACUGCAAUUUCAAAUCAUUUCAAACAAGCAACAGGGAGGGCAGGGGGUGGGGGUUAUGGGUCUAAAGAAAUACAUUGUGACCCGAUAAACUUUACCCAGCCAUUAGAAGCUCCAACCUUUGCUCAGUCUUCAAUGGAUCUGUUGUCAGUCCAGGCUCCAGUUGUUCCACCCUCUAAUGGCUCCGCCCUCUGUCCACCCUCUGGUGGCUCCGCCCUCUGCCCACCCUCUGGUGGCUCCGCCCUCUGUCCACCCUCUGGUGGCUCCGCCCUUUGCCCACCCUCUGGUGGCUCCGCCCUCUGUCCACCCUCUGGUGGCUCCGCCCUUUGCCCACCCUCUGGUGACUCUGCCCUCUGUCCACCCUCUAAUAGCUAA